GUCAUCGAGACACACCGCCGACACACGUCGUGCAUCACGAUGCGGUAGCUUUCACCAGGAGCUGCUGCUGCUGCUGCUCGUCGUUCAUCGCCGUGAUAUAAGUUCCGUCCGCGUAUUCUGUGUAUACACGGAGACGGCAAGCUUAGAACAACAGGACGAGCAUCUCGCCCAGGGUCACUUGCAGUAUGCUCAGGGUUUGCAACAGGCGGAUAUUAUGGCUGCAGGUGAUGCCAGCACGGCGAAGCCUCGUCAAGAGAAGCAGUACGAUUACCUGCUCAAGUUCCUGCUGGUGGGCGACAGCGACGUCGGCAAACAUGAGAUCUUGAGUGGCCUUGAGGACGGAGCCGCGGAAUCGCCAUUCUGCAGCGGUAGCGCUUACAAAACUACUACCAUUCUGUUGGAUGGGAAACGAGUGAAGCUGCAAUUAUGGGAUACCUCGGGUCAAGGUAGAUUCUGCACUAUCAUUCGGUCUUAUUCCAGAGGUGCCCAAGGUAUACUUCUAGUGUAUGACAUUACUAAUAAAUGGUCCUUCGACGGCAUCGAUAGAUGGCUAAAGGAAGUGGAAGAGCACGCACCUGGAGUACCAAAAGUAUUAGUUGGCAAUCGUCUACACUUGGCUUUCAAGAGACAAGUGGGACAACGAGAUGCAGAGGCUUAUGCGGCUAAAAAUCGAAUGGCAUUCUUUGAAGUCUCACCUCUAUGCGACUUCAAUAUUCGAGAAAGUUUCUCCGAGCUUUCUCGCAUGGCUUUGCACAGAAACGGCAUGGAAAGAUUAUGGCGAUCCAACAAAGUGCUCAGCCUGCAAGAAUUAGCAUGUCGCGCGAUAGUCGCCCGAACAACAGUUUACAGUAUCGACCAGUUGCCGUUACCCAAGACGAUCAAGUCGCAUUUGAAGUCGUACGCGAUGACAACCACUUCCCAGCUUCGCUACAGCUGCAACCGUUCACUGAGCUCCAGCAAGAGCUUGGGGUCUCAUCAUUGGAAGUUACGCUUUGUUGGCCACAAUAACGUGCUGUCGACACCCGGCAGCAUCGUAGACUCUCGUACAAGCUGCGUCGGUCGCAAUUCAUGCACAGUAUCUUGAGAUUUAACAAGGAAGACUCUACAGAGUAGUGUUUCAACAUUACUUACAAACAAAAACACGCAGCAAUCAACGUUCUUCCUUCUUGCUCUUCUCCCCCUUUUCCUCAUUCUAUCGAGAAUACGAACGAGAAUACGUGUUUUACGAUGUUGUUAUCAUAAAUUCAUAGUAAUUGCCGUUAGAUUAUCAUGUGAUAGAGAAUUAUACAUGUGUGAAAUAUUCCGACUUGUCACCUCGCCAACGUUGACAGGACAUGCUUGUUGCGUUUUAUAUAGUACGAGAUACAAAUUUUCUAUUCGUAUAUAAGUUUGACAUUCAAGAAACCGUGCGCAAUUUUAUGACGAACAAUUUAUAACGAGCUUAAAACAGCCAAUUGUGUCUCGUACACCCGUGCCAUCUGUUACACGAGAUAAAGAGAUAUGUUGUGUAUGUUACGCAUAAUGUUACGACAUGUAUAAGCCAGAGAAAUGCUAGAUCAUAUCGUGAAUAUAUGUCGUCGAUCACAGAUCAUCUCGUACGUAUUUUCCAUCAACCGGAAGAACCGUUGGGAUUACAAGAAGAAAGAGAGAGAGAAAAAUUACACAUGUGCGUGCGUCGAUCGAGACACAUUGUGGUUACUCGAGAAUGUGCCCAUACUUCAAUAGUUCUUUUAAGUCGUUUUUUUUUUUUGGCCGUUAUUUGAAACACGUCUUCACAAACGUAUCUCUGUGCGGAACAUACAAAUUUUCGUUUCUGAAACGUAAGCUUGCAAGAGCAAUGAGUAAUGAACUGAAAAGUACAAGUUUGCUAAGUCUACGGUGGUUGUGGUGUAGACUAAUAACGAUAGCAUAUAAGCGCGUAGAGAGUUUAGAGCAGCUAAUUCGAGAGAUAAAUUAGCGAUAUAAAUAUUAUAUACAUAUAUAUAUACAUACAUACACAUAUGUGUAUAUAUAUAUAUAUAUAAAAAUUAUAUAU